AGCACACAGUCCUUGACUUAUGACUGGUCAUUUAGCUACCAUUCAAAGUUAUGAUGGCCUUGGAAAGAGUGCUUUAUGGGCUAUAAACAUUUUCAGCCAAAUUAAAGGUGUUCCUCCAUACCCACCCCAUAACCUGAGUGCAUUUUAGGCACUUGGUGAUUGGCUCUCAUUUACAACUGGUUGCCAAACACUGCAGGAUCAAGAGAUUGCCAUUUGCAAUCUUUGCUAGUUUUCCCAGAAAAUCAGUGAGGAAGCUGCCAAGGAGGUUUGCAAGUAGCAGGAAUAGAGGGGAGCCCAAAUUCUUCUGAAGGCUAUAGAAAUGGAGCUCAAAACCUGAAGAUUUCAGCAUGGUUUCUGCAGCCCACUGAAGAAUUUUUCCUCCAUGCAUGGAGAACUGAAAUUCUAUAAUGCAAAUCCCAAGAAUAAGAAAAACUGUUGAAAACUUUGUGUCUACAUUUUUAAAAACCAUAACUCUGGACUUUGAUAAAAAGAUUGAAAAAUCCUUUGGGCCAUCAAUAGUGUCAAAAUGUCCAUUUUCUAAUAGCAUUCUUUUUGCAGGCAAUUUCUGCACUUAAAAAAUGUUUCUUGUAUUCAUGUCAACAAUAUGCUAUAUAACUGAUUCCUUGUAAAAUACAGCCUCCAGUUAAUAGGUCUAUUAAACAGCCCUCUGUGACUUCAGUUAUUUUAAGUAAUUACAUGAUGGAAGUGGAAAAUACCUGUCAUCUUUCCCUGUCAGCAUUAUUUCUAGUUUUGUCACAGUCUUGUAAUAAGUCUCUCAGGAGAAACAAAAUACAUUGUAAAAAAUCCACAAGUUCCUUCAGGGUAUCAUUGAACAUCUGUGAAAAGCUUUAUUAAAGUUUUAGCAAGAAAUAUACUUUUAAAAACUUCCUUUAAUUUUAAUUUGCCUAUUUCAAAAGUUACACUAUAAGAAAGCAAAGCUGAAUUCAUAGAAAAAAAUAAGUGGUUCAAGAAAUGUGUAUACAUAGACUCUCUCUAAAGAUAAUGAGUAUUCCUUUCUCCUUUGUUGGUGGAGACAGCGGUCGUGCAUGGGUUAACUCAGUCAGUAACCAAUAGAACUGAGUCUACCAAAGUGAUGUCAUCGGCUCUGCAGAGCAUGCUCCCGCUUUUUAAGACUCCAUUCGAUUGAACUGGCUGUGUUAAAUCGCUCUCUCCUAGAUUAAUUGGUUAAAAUUGAUUGAUUGAUUGGGUUUUUAAUUGACUUUUCUCUGAAUUCGCUUGCAAAUUGUUUCUUUAAGCUGAUAUUCCAGUCUGGGCUCCUGAUAAACUCUCUAAAGCCUCUGGGCUAGAGAGCUUUUGCCGCGCUUCAUCGAGGUUAGCCUCUAAAAGCCUUCGGGCUUUCUGCCGGAUCGGAUUUCAGCAGAGCUUGCUGGAAUAGCCGAGGGAAGCCCUAAUCCUCUCAGCAGGGGACUCCCAGGUUGCUGCCUUGCCGCUCUCACUGCUAAUUGCACCGCUGCUUGCAGGAGCCUCCAGACACAGCGGGGAGCCUAAUUAGAGCCGAAAAAUUCACCGGCGGCUGGGGAACACCGUUCCAGCUCCUGAGCUUCACACUUUGUCGCUCCAAGGACAGCAGCAAGCCUCCACAACCUUGCCACAGAGCCUAACCCGCCCAAGUUCACCAUGAGGCCUCGGCUACCACGUGGCUCCGGCCCAUAGGCUCUGCAGCCUCAGUGGCCAUUGAAAUUGGCGCGAAAACUUCUGGUGGCCAUUUUGAAGCAACAAACUAACUGAGUAACGGCUAUGGCCUCCUCUCCCCCUCCGGAGCCUCAAUUGCCUCCUCUGCCCUUGGUCUCUGCCCUUGAUAUUGAGGCCCCUGCCCCUAGGGGUCGCAAGCGCAGGCCUGCUCCUGCUGAAAACACCGAGCUUCCUCAGGGGGAAGUGCAGGAACCAGCCCUUAGGGAGGAAGACAGGGCCCCUCAGGCUCCAGCUAAGAAGGCCAGGUCCAAGACUAAGCACGCUGAACCUCGCAUAUUUGCAGGCAUCCCAGCCCCAAAAGCAUCCCAGAGUGCGGAAGCAGACAAGACUGACACCACCGAUCCGCUCUUCAUCCAGCCUACGGUGGAAAAAGAGGUGAUCCCUUCACCACGGUUCUUCAUGGACGUUGUCCAGAAUCAGUGGGCAUCUCCAGGUACUGCAACCCUUCCCAAUGCCUCGGACAAGCAUCUGUACAACGUCGCUUCUGACUUUGCCAAGACCUUAGAGGUACCUUCUGUUGAUUUGCCGGUAAUUGCCCUCUCCUCUCCCAACGCGCCUUCAGCAGCUCCGGAGGAAGCCCUACAUCCAGAGGGCAAGAAGGUAGAGCAAACUCUGGUCAAGGGUCACCAGGCCUCAGCUUGGGUUGUUAGGGCGAGCACCUCAGCUUCCUUCUUUAGUCGAUCCGUUCUUCUCUGGCUGAGACAGCUUCAGGCUCGCCUUCCAGCCAGGGAUUCAGGGCUCGCAGGGACAUCAAUAAGAUUAAGGCCACCUUAGAAUACACUGCAGAUGCUUCCCUGAACACAGCACGCUUUGCCUCCAAAGCCAUUGCCUCCUCCAUCUCUACCCGCCGGCUUAUCUGGCUGAAGCAGUGUCAAGCGGAAGCACGGGCCAAGUGGAGGCUUGCACCCUCUCUCGGCUCUGCAUCCCUUCUCUUUGGUCCUCCAUUAGAACCCCUUCUGGUGGAGUCCAAAGAUAAGAGGAAGGUUCUGCAACCAGCCACUAAAAAGCAGGAAGAUCAGAACCAAUCCUUUUACCGUAGGGAGUCCUUUCAUGGCCAGGAGGGUAGUACUUCCAACUCCCAUCCGCAGCAACAGGCCCCUCCUAGACAGGCCCCAUCCUUCUCCUAUAGAUCAGGCAGGAACAAUCAGAGAUUCCAGCCCAGAAAUCCCUUCAAGGACAAUUCCAACUGUUCCUUUAAGAGGCAGAAGUGACUGCCUGGAGGAUCUCCCAAUAGGGGGGUGUCUAACGACCUUCGCGGAUCUAUGGGACGACAUCACCAACGACACGUGUUUCAGGUUCACAAUCAAAUUCGGCCUUCUCUUGGACUUGCGCUCCAGCCCUCCGAACCACUUUGUCCCGUGUCCUAUCUCCAGGGACCCUC